AUGCCCGAGGAAAGUGUCUCCUCGGGUGCUAGCGGAGAAGACUCCGGGGUGGUGGGAGAGGAACCCCUGGACUCUUUGACCUGCCCAGCUGCGGGUGCUACCCAGCUGACGGCCGCCGAGCCUGUUGAGGCGACGGCCAGUGCCUCGCGGCCGGGACCCGAGUUACCAAGGGAUGACCCCCAGGGAGCGGCCUUUGUGUUCCCCAGUCCCGACCCAAUAGGGGCUGCUAUCCUCCCUCCUCCGCCGCCCCCCAUUGAGCCGGGGUCUGAGGCGGACAAUGUGGCGCCGGUCCAUCGGGCUCCACGUCGAGGGUCCGCCCCUUGCCUGCCCGUCUCAGUGGGCCACGGGGCCGUGCCAGGGGCCCCAACGGGGGAUGAUCAGAAGCCAGUGACCCCACCCCCACAUACGCUGCUGGACCCAGCUGUGAGGCUCUCAUCCCUGGAUGUCUCCCAUGUUGACCUGCUGAAUGAGUGUAGCAAUUGGGGGGGGAAUGAGAAAAUCAGGAAGUACCUGGCCACCCUGAUCCAGGACAUCCCCAGUGUCUGCCUGCUCGAUGCUGCUGGCCACCUGGUCAGCUGGAUCGCUUCAUACCCGUUUGGAGCCACGGGGCUUGGCUACACUCUGCCCCAGCACCAGUGGCGUGGCUACAUGGGGAUGCUGAAUAAUUUGAUAGCCAAGCGGUUGCACGCACUAGGCUAUCCCAGCUACAGCUAUGUGGCCGCGGAGAACAACCCCAUGCAGAGGUUGCAGGAGAGGCAGGGCUUCCAGCGCCAGCCCACCCUGUGCUACUUCAUUCUUCACAACCCAGCACUAGCAAAAGCCCCCACAUUAACCACCAGCCCAGCACCAGGCACAGCCCCUGCAUGA